AUGGCUCCACUCCUGAACAGCAUACUCACCGUGAUCAAGGUGUUCCAGAAAUAUGCUAAAGAGGACGGGGACUGUGCUCUGCUGUGCAAGAAGGAAUUGAAGCAGCUGCUCUUGGCUGAGUUUGGAAACAUCCUCCGGAGACCAAAUGACCCAGAGACUGUGGAAACCAUCCUGAACCUCUUGGAUAAAGACAGAAAUGGACAUGUUGAUUUUCGUGAAUAUCUCUUGCUGGUGUUCCAGUUGGUCCAAGCUUGCUAUAAUAAGGAAGAAAAUAAGGCAUGUGGAGAUAGAACCUCCCAGCAAGAAGGGGAGCAGGAGGGAACACAAGACCAUAGCUUUCCAGGAAAUACAGGCAGACAACAUAGGCAGAGGCAUGAGGAAGAAAGGCAGGACUCCCACCACCGUCAGUCUGAGAGACAGGAGCAGGACUCCCACCAUGGUCAGUCUGAGAGACAGGGUCAGGACUCCCACCAUGGUCAGUCUAAGAAACAGUAUCAGGACUCCCACCAUGGUCAGUCUGAGAAACAGGAGCAGGACUCCCACCAUGGUCAGUCUGAGAGACAGGGUCAGGACUCCCACCAUGGUCAGUCUAAGAAACAGUAUCAGGACUCCCACCAUGGUCAGUCUGAGAAACAGGAGCAGGACUCCCACCAUGGUCAGUCUGAGAGACAGGGUCAGGACUCCCACCAUGGUCAGUCUAAGAAACAGUAUCAGGACUCCCACCAUGGUCAGUCUGAGAAACAGGAGCAGGACUCCCACCAUGGUCAGUCUGAGAGACAGGGUCAGGACUCCCACCAUGGCCAGUCUGAGAGACAGGGUCAAUUCUCCCACCAUGGUCAGUCUGAGAAACAGAGUCAGGACUCCCACUAUGGUCAGUCUGAGAGAUGGGGUCAGGACUCCCACCAUGGUCAGUCUGAGACACAAGAUAGGAACUCCUGCUAUAGUCAGUCUGAGAGGCAAGGUCAGGACUUCAGCUCUGAUCAAAGACUGAAUCAUAAAUCUAGCAGUGACCAGACUAAAAGAGAAGGAUAUUUAUUUGCUUUAAAUCAAUAUGAGACACAAGUUCAGGAUUCUCAUGAUGGCUGGUCUGAAGGGCUUAGACAACAACAAAGUCAGCCUAUAAGACUUAGAGAGGAUUCAUGCUGUGGCCAAAGAAACCAACAGGAAUCAGGCUCUUAUUAUGGGCAUUCUGCAAGGCUGGGUCAGGAAUCAGGCUAUCAUCAGAGAGACAGGCAAGAAUUUGAUUCUCAAUAUGGCCAGACAUACAGACAAGGCCAGCAUUCCCACUAUGGUCAGGCAGACAGGCAAGGCCAGAGUUCUCACUAUGGUCAGGCAGACAGACAAGGUCAAAGUUCCCACUAUGGACAGGCAGACUGACAAGGCCAGAGUUCCCACUAUGGUCAGGCAGACAGACAAGGCCAGACUUCUCACUAUGGUCAGGCAGACAGACAAGGUCAAAGUUCCCACUAUGGACAGGCAGACUGACAAGGCCAGAGUUCCCACUAUGGUCAGGCAGACAGGCAAGGCCAGAGUUCUCACUAUGGUCAGGCAGACAGACAAGGUCAAAGUUCCCACUAUGGACAGGCAGACAGACAAGGCCAGAGUUCCCACUAUGGUCAGGCAGACAGGCAAGGCCAGAGUUCUCACUAUGGUCAGGCAGACAGACAAGGUCAAAGUUCCCACUAUGGACAGGCAGACAGACAAGGCCAGAGUUCCCACUAUGGUCAGGCAGACAGACAAGGCCAGAGUUCUCACUAUGGUCAGGCAGACAGACAAGGUCAAAGUUCCCACUAUGGACAGGCAGACAGACAAGGCCAGAGUUCCCACUAUGGUCAGGCAGACAGGCAAGGCCAGAGUUCUCACUAUGGUCAGGCAGACAGACAAGGCCAGAGUUCUCAAUGCAGUCAGUCAGAACCUGGGGAAACUGGGCAAAAUAGGUGCUUCCAAGGGAAUGAGCGAACAAGCAGAGGCUCAUAUGAUGAGCAAUCAGGAAGUUCAGGGAGACCCAGUCAACAGACUCAAGGACAAAAAGUGAACCAAAAUCAGGGACAGAGAUUUCAGUCUAGGCUAGAACAGCAGAACAGUCACCAGUCAUGGGAGCCUGAGGAGGAUUGCCAACACCACCAACACAAACUCGUAGCACACAUUCAGCAAGAAAGGCCACACUCUCACAAAGGGAGUGAUAGGCAGGGACACAGAGAGGCCCAGACUAAGGAGAGUCAUGGUGAGAGACAGAGCCACAAGGUAGAGGAAGAGAAGGGUCACCAAAUCAGGGGUAGACAUGGUCAUGAGGGUCAGGAAACUCCAUGUGAGACACGGGACAGGCAAACCCAUGAAGUGGAACAAAGCCAUCAGACACGGGGCAGGAAAACCCAUGAAGAUGAGCAGAACCGCCAGAGACAAGACAGGCAACCUCAUGAAGAAGAUCAAAACUGUCAGCAAACCCAUGAGAAGAAAGAGAAAUAUCGAGGAUCCCAGGAUCGACAAUCCCAUGGAACCCAGCAAGGCUGUGCCAACAGAGAAAAAUUUCACUUGAAUGAGGAUGACCAGAGCCAAGGCUCCCAGGGAAGACACAGUGACCUGGCCUUCCAUCCAACCCAGAGCAGGGGGAGGCCCCAAAAAAGAGAAGAGGGUGGAAGUCACCCUACCAAGGCAACGAUUGCUCCCAACCCCCUCUACGACUAUCUACAAGAGCAGAGAGAGCAUUGGCACUAGGCCUUAUUGCACAACAGAGCUACUGCCAAAGAAGAAAUCUACAGGUCAAGUUCAUAUUUACUUCUGUUUAAGAGAUUGAAAAAUGUAUGUCUUCCUUCUCUCCUCUACUUUCUAUCUACUUGCAAGGAUACUUUUGAGGAUUAGCAUUUACUUUUAGGGCAUGACAGUUCUUUGAGCAGCAAAUCCAGGGUGUUCUGGAGGGGUGAAAUCUCAGUGGUAAAUUGGGUGAAAUAAUCAGAUCCCAAUUUUGAUUAGCUUGGGGAUUUAAAUCAUUUCCUGGUUUGCCCUCCAUGUACAUAGGACAUGGUUGGGUCACUGAAAGGUAGAAACUUCUCCCAAAAUUCAGAAACAGGAAAGGUAUUCAGAAGAUACCCAUCACAAACUGAGAAGAGGAUAUCUGGGCUUCAGUGAGCUUUGGCUCCUGUGGAUGAAACAUCAGGAAUUUCAAGCCUCAUAGUCUACACUUAAAUGAAACACAGUGAGAGGCUGCUAGGAGAGUCAGAGACCACAGAGGACAUCUCUGAUUCACAACACCUCCAGCGCGCAGGCUCCUACCCUUCAUCAGAGGGACUGUCCUAGCUCCUAGCACUAAAGCUGACUAGACUGGUUUUAGCUCGAUGUCUUUCUAGUUUCUGAUCAUAUUAAAUAGAGAGGAAGCAAAUGUCAUCUGUUUUCAGAUCCUAAUGAACCAAAAUUGUUGACACAAAGAUACUGGGGCCUGAAAACCCUUCAGAAGAAAAUCUAUGGAAUUGUAUUUAAAUGCCCAAUAAAUGAUUGGUGAGCAAUGA